UCUGGUGUGUCAGCGUCCCGCCCUUUGCAGGUUCUGAUCCGGUGCAGGUGGGUUUUCUCAUGUGAAGCUCACUGUCCACCAGGAGACAUGACAGCCGGGAGCCCGGUGCCGUCACCGGACUCCUCACGGAACAAGAGCCAAGCGGCGGAAGACCCGCAGGUCCCGGUUCUCCUGCUGCGGGACAUGAACCUGUGUUACCGGCUGCUGCGGCAGCUGGUGCCCGGGGUGCCGCCCGGACGCGCCGCCAGCAGGGUAGACAUCCUGCAGCAUGUCAUCGACUACAUCCUGGACCUGCAGACCGAGCUGGACGCCUCCUGCCCGCCCGCAGACCGAGGAGAACCGCACCGCUGUGACCGGCAACAGCAGCGCCCACAGCGGACACAGAGCGGCCAGAGCGCCGGUGUCAAGACCCACACCUGCCAGGAGCCUGAUUCGACCUGACGUCACCAGAGAUACUGAGUCGUCCUUCUCUGGACUCGGUGUCGCUCUUGCCUGAACUGGACGAGGAGGCGAUCUGAUCUUGUUUGUUUGUUUGCAUCAUCACAGAAACCUCGGCCACUCAGAAUCACAACCUUUGAUCCGAGUCUGAUUUGGAUCAAGUCUGGAUUGAAUCUGUUAAACUCAGACUUUGAGACAGGAGAUGUGAGCCGGACCUGAGAUUUAGUUUUGACUUCAGAGUUCCUUUAACUUCCUUUCUAUUGUCCUGCACUUCCUGCUUGAUUGUCAAAAUAAGACUCAAACUGGGACACAUCAGAGCUCAGCUGACACAAAUCAACCUUUACGGUGACAGUUCAUCAUUUUCCACCACGAUUAUUUUUAACUCUCACUCUGGUGCUGCGUUCACUUAAACUGGGAAGUCAGAGCUGGGGGUGACGACACACCUAAGCUAAUCGCGCUCUCGAACAGUCAGGACCUUGUUGUUGUUGUUGUUGUCGUUAACAGAACCAGUUGAUAACAACAUUACAGCGUAGCAACAUGUCCCCAGACAGUUCUGUGUGUGCGGCAGCGGCCAUCUUGGAUUUCAGGUUUGGGAAUUCAUUGUUUGGUGUUUAGACUUCCCUGUUGAAAUGGAGCACAUCAUGAAAUCUGCCACCACAGAAGAAGAGCUUCACAGCUUUGACUCUUCAAAAUAACAGUCUGGAGAAAUGUGUUAGUCCUUUUUUAAAUUCUGGUGUGUUCUUAUCUGUUCAUCCUCUGUUGUUGUGGUUUUGCAGGAAUUAUGGGAAAUUCUUUCUGCUGCAAAUCAAAACAGUACUUUGAUAUUUUCAGUUGACUCAUAGUUUGAACUCAAAAUUCUCAGUUUGGUCAAAAGUUUUUAAAAUUUAAACUCUGCAACCUGAAAUCUGCUGCCACAGGAGGAGGAAAUAUUAA